AUUCCAUCAACAUUAAAGUAAAAAACGCACUGAAUAACAUUUAACACGACCGUGUGGUAUUGUUUUUACACACCCUCUACAUCAAGAAAAUGUUUUAAUCAAAAUGAAAAUAUUUAAAAAGAUUUAUAUCACGACAAAAUAUUUGCCUGAAAAUGGACAGGCUAAACAGAAGUUCAAUCUAAAAUUACCGAACAAUUCAAUGAGCUCGUAUCUCCCAGAUCAAAUACCUCAACACAUACUGCUGCAGAUAUUUACUUAUCUGGACAGUACCGAUCUGCUACGACUAGCGGGUGUUUGUAAGUAUUUGAGAGAUCUCAUCUUCACCUCGCCUCAGAUUUGGCGGACUAUAAGACUUAAGCUAUCCUGCAGCCAAUAUCCUCUGUGUAACAAAUCAGCCUUAUGGUACGCUAAACUAUUCGGAAUCCAUUUCCGGAAGCUACGGAUAGAUUGCGACCACGUUUGUGAACAUAUUUUCUGCAAGACCAUGGCCGUCUGUCUAAGGAACUUUUUGCUAAGUCUACGUCAAACGACGCUGACGUCAUUAGUUGUAAAAUUUGGGCAAAUUACCCAUGCAAGUGUGGCAGUUGUAUUCAGGCUUGUGGAGAUUUUGACCCGCAUCUUGACUCGAUGCCGUGAUCUACAACAUUUUGGGAUGCCUUGGGCGUUAUGGACAGUCCAAGACGGCAGUAAGGUACUGGACACACUAUGGUCCACAUCGAGGGGGAGUCUGAAAUCUCUAAGACUUGAGGGUUAUUUUGUGCCACCAAAGGACGGCCGGAGACCGGCUGAGUUUGAUCGUGUUACCACCGGCAUCCUUUCACUCACCCACCUGACUAAACUCUGCAUCGACUACUGUGUUUUAAAUGACGCCUUCGUUAAUUCGCUCUCCAGAGCAAAUACAAAAAUAAAAAUGUUGAUGCUCUUCGAUGUGGAUUUCAAUGGUGCUUUGACAAUAAUCUCAAAAAAUGCAUGGUUGAACUUGACACAGGCAUGUUCAGAAAUGAAAGUGUCUUUUAUAACCAAUGGCAGCCCGGAGAGGAUUAUCGCCAAGUUGGAGCCUGUCUUGAACGUUCACACUAUCCGGAUUUAUGUGGAUGUUUCAGCUAACAGAAAUGCGCCGAAAAUUGGGGAAGUUCUGAGACACAUCACAACCAACUUCAGUCGAAGUCUGGUCAAAUUCGAGAUGACGGUAGACGUCGAUGACAGGAUCACCACGUCACUCGUACACCUUGUUCGUCACUGUCAACAUUUGGUUCAUGUUAAGAUAAAGGCUAAAUUUCCUAAUCCGAAGAUAAAAGAAACAAUCUUAAAGCUGAUACAAAACAGGAGGCGACAGAUCUACUUGAGAAAGUAUCCAAACACGGCCAACAAACGGGCGAGAACAUCUAAGGCGAACGGUCCAGGUUCGAGUCCCGCCGUAGCCAUAGAACGGAUGAGCUAGUUGUAGAACAAAGCUGGAGGUAGAGGGUGGGCCCAGCGACAAGAAACACGGAGGAUAUUAAGUUUCUCGUGAGCACAUCAUGCGACGUACGUCACUGUAAUCAUCUACUACAUCAUCACUGAGAGGACCUACUACAUCAUCACUGAGAGGACCUACUACAUCAUCAGAGAGAGGACCUACUACAUCAUCAGAGAGAGGACCUACUACAUCAUCAGAGAGAGGACCUACUACAUCACCACAGAGAUACACGGCGCUAUAAUAAUCUACUACAUCAUCACUGAGAUACACGGCGCUAUAAUAAUCUACUACAUCAUCACUGAGAAGGUCGACUUCACCCCAUAGAGGAACUACUAUAUCAUCAGAGAGAUGAACUUUUAUAUCAUCAAAGAGAGGACCUACUACAUCAUCACUGAGAGGACCUACUACAUCAUCACAGAGAGGACCUACUACAUCAUCAGAGAGAGGACCUACUACAUCAUCGCAGAUAUACACUGCGCUGUAAAAAAAAUUGUGGAAAAUAUUUUUUUAAAAUCAAAAUGAAAAUAAAACAA